CGCACAUCAUCAUCAUUAUGUUUGUCAACGCCGCCUUCGCCCUCUCUCUCUUGAGUGCCACCUACGCCCUCACCAUCGGCAGGCGCGAUAAUCAGCCCUCCGACGCUGACCUUCUCGCCUCGUGCCCUGGUGGUCCGGGAUCCAGUGUAGUAGAAAAAGCCGAUAGGUGUACCUUGAUCAAUAUUGCCAACAACCCUUACAUCCGCGUGUGGAGUGUCCUCGGCGACCCGCAGCUGAACUGCGGCGGCGGCACCGAGGACAUCGUCGUCACCCUCGGUGGCUCGACCACCGUAGAACAGACGACGGAGGUCAACGCCGACCUUGGCGUGGACCUUGACGGUAUCUCCAUCGGCGGCGGCGUGUCCACUUCGUCUUCAUCGUCCUCAACGGAGUCCCAGACCAUCCAAUACAACAUCCCGCCAGGACAGCAGGCUGUCUAUGUUGCUGGGAUCGAGCACACGUCCCAAACCGGCAACAUCCAGGUCAACUACGGCGACCGCCAAUUCGGCCACUUCAUCUGGUUCACGGGCGCAACUGUCACGCAGUUGACGCCUAACUCCAACGACGUCGAGUACACCGUCCUCCAGACGGCUUGCGGCACGGACCCGCGCGACGUCAGCAGUCUCCCUCAGUGAAAGCUCCUACUCCUUUCAUGGCCUCCCCUAUAACCUAUACGCGAUCUUGUCAGGAUAGGGCUUACGUACCAAGCGCGUAUAGCCAUCUGUUCCGCCACAUACCUUCAGUACAAUACUGUAAUCAGUAUGGCAUUGAUCGCCGAGCUAGAGUUAUAGAACUACAUCU